AGCGCAGAGACACCUGCUGGUGGAAUGCUAAUCAUCGUCAAGAAUGCGCGCCAAGUUUCGUAUUUUGACAUUUAAACAGGGCCCAUUUUUGACAUUCGUGGUUCCGGCUUCCGGCGGUUCGGAAUUCGGAUUUUCGAAAUGACAGCCCACUUCUCCAGCAGGGUGACCAAUUUUGAGUUUGUGAAAAAUGUGCGGGAGUCUGGAUUUUGCUUCAAGUCGUUCAAGGAGAGUGUAGAUCUCUCGCGAAUCGCACAUCUGGACUUGGAUAGAGUGGCUCGCGACUUGGACAUUUCCGUGCUGCAGGAGCACGUUGGAAUUCUCGUCAACAGUGACCUGAGCGACCUGAAAGGGGUCGACGCUGGACUUUUAAAGCUGCUUCGGCUGGCGCAGCUGUGCGUAGACUACUGCUUGUUCUGCCAGGACUUUCUGGAGAGCAGUUUAUCAGCUCUCGAAAAUGCCCAUCAAGAUGCUUUGAAAGAACUUGACAGUCUCAGAAGGGAAAAUAAAACUUUAAAAGAGAAAUUGAGGAAGGAUAUCAGGAAAAAAAGAUUUUUAUCGGAGAAGGAAAACCUCAAUGACCAAUUUUACGAAUGUUCACAAUGUAGAAAAGCUUACACAAGUCAGGAAUUUCUUCAAAGCCAUAUUCAGCGGAGGCACAGUGCCUCAGAACCUGGUGAAGACAGAUUUGCCAAAGAAAUGUUUGAAGAGCUCAAAUCAGAAAUUGAGUCUCUCAGAAAAGAACUGGUCAGAGAAAAAGAAGAAUCUCUUAAAAACUUCCAGGAUCACAAAACUGAAAUGCAGCUGAAGAGAGAGGAAAAUUUGUGGAGUGAAAUAGAAAAGUCACAGGCUGAACAAAGAGCCAGGCACCAAGCGGAAAUCGCAGACCUGACUGCCAAUUUCCAGUUACAAUUGAAGCAAGCGUUGGCUGAUUUGGCGACAAAUUUGAGCAAAAGUGAGGGAUACAGCUCAAAAGUUACCGAAGUCCCAUCUAGUCAACCCUUAAUAAAUGAAUUCGAAAUUGAGACGUUGAAAAAGGAAAUGAGUGAAAUGUGGCAAAAGAAACAAGAGCAGCAGGAACAGUGGUUCAGACUUGAAAAUUCAAAGCUGAUGGAGCAGCUAACAAAGAUGCAGGAAAGAGAUGAGCAGCGUUGGUCUUCUCUGAAAAAUCUGCAAAACAAGCCAGACCCUCCUGUUGUCUUGCAAACUGAUGCAGCAAUUAUUCCAGUGCCAGCAACCAGAAGGAAACGACUUCAGGCUUCAAUUAAUGCUGAAAUCAAAGACAUCACUCCUUCUACUCCAGCCCCUAAAGAGGAGAGUAGUGAAAGCAGCAGCAGCAGCAGCUCGGUUGAAGAAGUGCGGCCUGCCAGUGCCCCAGUACAGAGUCUUGUCGUUUGCACUCCUAAAAUCAUACCGUCCAGGCCAAAAUCUGCGAUGGCCUUUGAGGAACAAAGUGUGGAGGAAACGUUCAGCGAGGAAGAAGAGAACUCAACUGAUCCAAGCGAAGACAUUGAAGCCACUCUUCAAGACAUGAAAGAAGCCAUAGAGGGGAAUCCAGUUUUAAUUGAGUCCUUGAAAAACGAGGUUGAAAACCAGAUUGAGGAGAAAAUGUCUGAGAUCGGUUUGUCUAGUGCCGAGCAGAGUCUGAACAGGAGCGAAUUUAUUUCCGUCAAUAACAGGAUGAACGAGCAGAGGAAGCAGGCUGAAAAGCAAUACCGUGGCUUCUGGAAAAUACGGAAGGGUAUUGAGAAGAAGGUAGAGAAAAAAGCCAAGGAGAACGUGUCCGAGAUUUGCGUCGAGUCAAUUGUGAAGCCAAGCAAGCUCAAGCAGCACCCAGGAUUCUUUUCUAAGCUUACCAAAAGAUACAACAAGAAAGAAAACAAGGCUAAAUCUGACACGCAGGUCUUCACCUCAACUCCAUUGAAAGACGCAGUGGAGCCGCAUAGCAUUUUGAAGCCAAGUAACUUGAGAAUGAGCAGUGAAGCGUUGUCUGAGAAAGUAUUGGACGAAAAUGCUGCUGAAAUCCGUCGGGCACAUUCUUUACCAGCCAGCAAAUUCGUCACUUUUACCUCAUCAAAAGAGGAAACCAAAGAAAACAACUCUUGGGAUGAAGACACUGCCUCUAACAAGACCACAGAACCAAAAGAAGAGGUCAGAAAGAUUGGCCAGGGAAGCUUUAAUCCGUUUAUACUCUCAAGUGCUAGUGGGGGAAAUCAGAUCAAUUUGGAUGACUUGGAAAAGGAACUUGGAACUUUCCAGCUGUCACCGUCGAGUUUUCAGAAUAAGAGCACCCCAACUACUAAGACUGAUUUAAGUUUACCGCUCAGUGAUGACAAUUCAUGGGAUCUGGAGGACAUUUGAAAUUUUUCGAGUAUUAUACUGUACAAAUGAUUUUAUUCAUAUCCAAGAACAGAAUGUGGCAAUUUUAAAAAUAAAAAAGUUUAACAACUGAAA